AUGGAGUCGCACUUUGUCGUGCCCCGCCGGCUGCGCGACAAGCCGUACGAGCUCAUCGAGGCGGCCAACGACUGGCACUAUGCGAUGAUGAACGACCUGCCGCGCAACGAGUUUUACCGCUCCGCGCUGCGGCAGCUCAUCACGCCCGAGUCGUUUGUCCUCGAGAUUGGCGCCGGCUCCGGGCUGCUCUCCAUCAUCGCCGCCUCUCUGGGCGCGCGGCGCGUGGUCGCCAUUGAGGCUAACAUGCACCUCGCCAACGUGGCGCGGCAGAUCAUCCACGCCAACGGCUACGGCGACCGCAUCCACAUCAUCAACAAGAUGUCGACCGACGUGAGCCCCGAGGAGCUCGCGCAGUACGGCGGCAGGCCGACCCUGCUCCUCUCCGAGAUCCUCGGCACGCUGCUGCUCGGAGAGUCGGCGCUGCACUACGUCGCGGACGCGCGGAGGCGGCUCCUCGGCCCGGGCGGCGCGGUCGUGAGAAGGACAAAGAACCCUUCCCCACUAGCCCUGAGCGGUGGGCCGACUAGCCAACGGCAAGGCAUCUCGCUCGACUACUUCAACUCGCUGCAGGACACGACCUCGAUGGUCUUCACGAAGCAGUACGGCUUCCGCUUCUCCUCCGCCGCCUACACCGAGCUCGCGCCCCGCACGCCCGUGCUCGCGAUCGACUUCUCCGCAGACGAGGUUGGUGUGUGGGGCGGCGAGAGCCGGACGACCCUGCGGGCGACGCGCGCGGGGACGGUGCACGCGGUGAUGGCGUCGUGGGAGGUGUACGCGGGCGAGGCGGACGCGCUCUGCAUGGCGACGCACCCCGACGCGACGCUGGGCAACUUCCCGCGCGACAUGCAGUGGGGGCAGGGCCUGCAGCUCAUCGAGGACACCUCGGUGGACGGCGCCAAGCCGGUGCCCUUCGUGGUGCAGGAGGGCGAGCUGCUCACGCUGGUGACGCGCUACUCGGUGGACGGGGUCACGCUCCAGUUCGAGCUGCUGCGGGGGGCUUCCAGCGAGGAGUGA